AGGGAGGGAGAGAGAGAGAGGGAGAGAGAGAGGUAAAGAGAGAGAGGGGGAGAGAGAGAGAGAGAGGGAGAGAGAGAGAGAGAGAGCAGCGGCGCGCGGACACAGAACAGGUGAACGCACGAGCCUCAACGUCCGCAGGAGAAAAACACAGCUAACAAGAAGAGGAAGAGGAAGAAGGAAAGUGAGGAAGAAGAGGAAGAUCUCAGAGGAAACAUCGCAGCUUGCUUCUGUCCCGCUGCCUCCCUCCUUCAUCCCUCCUUCAUCCUCCUCUCUUCCGCCGGUAUCGAACUAUCGGCUGAUCACUGAUCCUCCGACUCGACGCUUCCUCACCUCCGCUGAUUCAGGAAGGAAAGGAGGAGAGGAAGGAAGGAGACAAGGAAGGAGACAAGGAAGGGAAGCACGCAAGUGGAUCUGUGAUCGGGAGGAGGGCAGAAGACCACCUCACCGAACACCGGGACAUGGACAGCAAAGAGAAGGCACCGCUAGAGCCGCAGCUGAAGGGCAUCGUGACGCGUCUCUUCAGCGAGCAGGGCUUCUUCCUGCAGAUGCAGCCUGAUGGAAACAUCAGCGGCAACAAGGACGAGAACAGCGACUACACUCUGUUUAACCUGAUCCCUGUGGGUCUGAGGGUCGUGGCGAUGCAGGGAGUGAAGGCUGGACUGUUCAUGGGGAUGAAUGCAGACGGAUUCCUCUACACAUCAGAUGUGUUCACAGCAGAGUGUAAGUUCAAGGAGUCAGUGUUUGAGAACUACUACGUCAUCUACUCCUCCACGCUGUACCGGCAGCACGAGUCGGGCCGGGCCUGGUUCCUGGGCCUCAACAAGGACGGCCUCACCAUGAAGGGGAACCGAGUGAAGAAAACCAAACCCUGCUCGCACUUCGUCCCCAGACCCAUCGAAGUGUGCAUGUACAAGGAGCCGUCGCUGCACGACCUGGAGGAGAAGCUGCUGAAAUCCUCACGGAGCCCGACCAUUAACGGCGAGGAGCGAGCGAGGGGCCUGGACCAGCAGGAGGAGCCGCAGGACGACGUCACAGAGCAGGACGGGUCAUAGCCUGCAGCGCCCCCCGCAGGAGGAGGAGGCGAACUCCCAUUUUAACACUCCCUCUGUUCAGCAACAUCCACAACAACAACAACAACAACCGCCACGACGGCGACAACAAUGAAAACAAAGAAAAACAGAAGCUUAAAAAAAAAAAAAAAAAAAAUCUUUGCUCAUGACGAAAUCUUUUAAAUGUAUCGGGGGCGGGGCUUGUUUGAAAAUGAGGACGUUGAUGAUGAUGAUUUACAUUUUAUGCAAGAAUCCCUGCUGAGAGAAGGCAGGAGGCAGCACACCUCCUCUUCAUCACCACGUUGUAACCAUCAUCAUCGUCAACAUCGUCACGCUGAUGAUAAAAUGUUUUCCAAGUCGAGCGAGCGCUCAAACUUCAAAGCUUUAAGCCAUUUAGAAACGUCACUUCCUGUCAUCUAAUGAAUGAAAUCACUUUCGCACUUUCGACAUCUCACGCUUCUUCUUCUACUCGUUCUUCUUCUCCGUGUUGUCCAAUCAGAGAGAAGAGUUCUACUGCUGUAUCUUCUGCAGCAGCCACGUCUUGUUUGGUUUUCCUCUCGUUCUGUUUUCGGGGACUCGUAGGUUCAGGCCAGACACUGCCCACAAAACACAAACCUGAGGAGCUUCCUGUCGGGUUUGGACCGGGGUCGGUUCCUCUGGUGGAGGUCAGGUGAUCGCUGUGGUGAACCUGAACCGCUAAUGCAGCCAAAUCACGUGAACUUCACAAUCCUGCCAAUCAGUUUAUUGAACCUGCAUCAGUUUUUACAGUGAGUUCUGAUAACCAUAAAGUGAUGAAGUCAUACAUCACAUGACUAUGAUCUCUGCAGGUUGAUUGGACAGGAAGUGAAGGCGACAGGAAGCAGGAAACAGAUUUAUAAACUGAUGACGAUGGUUUGAUCGGCAGGACGAUGAAGUUCACAUGGUUGAAACCGUCUGUUCCUCUGCAGGCGUGUUACUGGUCCUGAGGUAACUGGGACCACAGUUCAGGCUGUUUGACUGCCCUGCUCCACCAAGACGAAAACCACUGCCCCAAAAACUGAGCUGCACCAGUUACACGUUAACACCGUCAACGUCACAUCGGGGAAAAAACCCGAGAACACGCCUGCAGACACACGUCACAUGACCAGUCACUGGUCAUGUGACGUGUGUUCUCAGGUGUGUUAGCGUGGACGGAGAUUCGUUCUGAUACGGAGCUAAAACACUUUAAGAUAAACGUGUCAGUGUGGGCGGAGCCUGGGAUUCUUGCUGAAGUGAUGUCAUGAUCCGAACUUCUGAGCUCAGAAUUAAUCAAGUUAAAACAGUGAGAAUGGAGAAACGUUGAUGAACCUCAGGAGGUUUUUUCAGUAACAGUUCACAGUGAUGUAGACUUUCUUUAAACGUAUAAAAGACACGAGCGUCUCCAGGAAGUCGCUGGUUCACGUCUCGCUCUGAUGUCACAGACUGAAGGAGUUUUUCUGUAGUUGACGUCUCGUCACUGCCUCAUUCAACCUUUAACACUUUUACAUUUGAAUGACCAAGUUUCCCCAAAAACAUCUUCAUCAUUUCCUGGUUGACAGGCCGAUGUCAACUUCCUGUGUUUCACUCCUUCACUUCCUGUCACUGCCUUCGUUUUCCUCUGCAGCCGAAGUUUGUGAAGAAGCAGAAUGAACUCUUCUCUCACGGCUUAACAUCAGUGGACGAAAUACAUCACAUCUGUCGCUUCUACAUAUUGUCUUGUGUUGAUUUAAAUUAUUUAAUUUUGGCUGUAAAUUUAACACAUUUGACAUGAAGUCGUUCAGACGGAGUGACUCAGCAUCGUUUCUAAUCUGUUUUCAGACAUGAAAGAGAAGUUUGUUUGUCCUGUAGAGCAGCAGCUUGUUGUCGGGUCGAGGGGCGGAGCCUGUAGAGCAGCAGGAGGCGGGACACGACGUAUACAUUCUGCUGUGGAGAGAUCAGUGUUGUUGUUUACAUCUCAUCCACACCACACAUCGUCCUGCUGUUUGCUCUCAUGGACUCACUCCGACAUGUUACAGAGACACUGACUCAGAAAUCGGUUCUUACAUACAGAACCUGCAGAACAUGUGAGGAACACGUCAGGAACACGUCAGUGGUUCAGUUCAUGUCUAAAAACAGUUUGAGGCAGAAAAUAAAAGAAAUAACGAACAUUUUCACAGUUGGACCAAAUCAUUUAAAUCAGUUGAUUUGAAAUGAUUUUUAUCUUUAGUUUAAGUAAUUUUUUUCAGGUGUUAUUUGAAAACGAUUAGUUCGACGUCUAAACUCAAGUAAACUCACAGAAUCACUUUUGGGAAACUUGGUCGUCUCCAUCGCUGAAGCAGGAAACGAAAACAGACGUGAAGCUGAAAGUUUGUUUGUUUGUCUGAGCUGAUGCAUGCUGCUGCUUUCGCUUCCACUUAAAGAGACAGAGCGAGGGGGAGGAGUCAGGGGUAGAGCUCGACUCUGAUUGGCUGCCACAGCUGAGGUUUUUCUUCUUUUAUCUUGCCUUUUGAAUUUAGAAUUUUGUUGGUUAAAAUUGGAGGAACACACUGAAGGAACGAACCAAUCACAAUCCACCGCACUGCCUCAGAGGAAGUCUUCCAGUUUGGAGUUUGUCGGGUCGGAGAGCGGACGAUGGCGAGCGACAGAUCCACGAUGUUUCGUGACUGAAUGUUUCUGUUCCCGACACAAACCAAACUCCACAUGAAUGUUGUAUCACCAGUUUCCUUUGUGACGUCAGAACGACACCUUUGGAGAAACAGUAAAGUACGAGUGUCUCAAAAUAAGUUUGGGUUUGGAGAAAAUGUAAAGUUUAGUCUGAUGUUAUAAAUGCUCCUGUGAUUGGAAGAAGAAUAACGUCUUUUUUUUCAUGUAAAAAAAUGUAUUCACUUUUUUAUAUCAUCUUUUAUUUUUUUGUUAUUUCAAAUCUGUCAGAACAUCAACAGUGAGCUGAACGCAAACAAAAAUCUUAAAUCGAAAAUUUUAAAUCAUUUUGAGGUUUUGUCCUCACGAAAAAUCUGUUUUUUUUUCAUUGUAAAUUCAUUUAACUAUUUUUUAAUGAAUCUAAUUAAACGUUAUGCUGAUCUGACUGCACAUUAAUAUCAUUUGACGUAUUGAACACAAAGAAAGACAAAAACUGUCUUAUUAUUUUUAUUGAUGAUCUUAUUUUUUACAUCCCAUGGGAGACAUUAAAGAUUCAACCUCAUGGAUGUAGAUUUAUUUAUUAACAUAUUAUGGUCUGGUCAGUUUUCAUGAUGUGAUGGUGUUUUUGUUUCUGGUUCGUAUCCAUGACGGCAGGUCGACUCAUGAUGUCAUCACUGACGUCUCCUCUGAGCCGAGUCGACCAGCUGACCUCAGCCUGUGGGCGGAGCUUUCUUUGUGUCUGCUAAUGUUUGCACCUUUUCUCAGACACGUCAUAUAUCAUAUAUCAUAUGUUAGAAAAGAAUCAUCGCAAAAUACACAGCAGGAUGAAAAAGAUGAUUGAAAAAUAAAAAAGAACAAUAGUAAAAGUU